UUGCUUGGAGAGGGCUCUGAGGCCUAAGCACAUAAUGGCAAUCUACUGGGCUAAGGCACAGUUACAGCCUGAUGAAGUUCCUGGACACUGCAUGAGUUUCUAACAAGUUGAACGCCGUAUAUUUUUCAAGGAGCGGGGUGGGGAAUGGUCUUUAAUCCCCUGGAAAGAGCAAAAAAUCCACCAGGUGAUGGACAUACUGAAAGAGGGAGGGAGUGGAUUCUUUGUCAUUCACACAGCGUCCAAAACAAGAGAAGAUGCCCUUCAAAAUUCCCAGGGAACAGAAUAUCUUAUCUAGGCAUAAGCUUAUCUUUUCUAGAUGCUGCUGCCAAGCCCACUGGACUAUUGCCCAGUAGGCCAUGUGUCCUGCCCUUCCACUGAGGAGUAUCAUCUGGAGGACAGAGCUAAGGUGCUCUGUGUUCCUCGAGAAUCAAGGGGAGCGACAGCAGUACAAUUUGGAGCAGGAAGGAAGGAACCCUUAGAGGGUGCUGUUUGCACACACCAAGAUCAGGGUCAUAGCAAAGCCUGGAAAUGGAAUGUUCUAGAAGCUAAGGUCUGCUGUGAUCUCACAGGGACCCUGCUGAAUUCCAGAAGCUCCUGUGCCUUGGGACCCUCUGCCUCCAACUCCAGCGGGAUCUCAGUGUUUCUCCAACGUGCUCAGCCAUCUUGGAACCUCCUCUCCUCGCCCCAUCGGUCGCUUGCCUGGGCUCCUGUUCUUCCCAAUGCUUUUUCAGGGAUGAAGGUUUUUUUGCUGCUGCCUUUCUUUUUGUGCCUUCUAUCCAGGGUUUGGGGAAAGAUCUUUGGACGCUGUGAGCUGGCCCAGGUGUUCCACAAGGCUGGCCUGGACGGGUACCGUGGGUACUCCCUGGCUGACUGGGUCUGCUUGGCCUUCUACGAGAGUCACUUUGACACCAGCGUUGUAGACCACGAAGCGGACGGCAGUACCAGCAAUGGCAUCUUCCAGAUCAACAGCCAUUAUUGGUGUGAAGAUUACAAGCACUUUAAACCAAACCUCUGCGAAAUGCAUUGCACCGAUCUGCUGACCAGUAACAUCAACGAUGAUAUUGUCUGUGCCAUGCGGAUCGCACAAGGACCCAGAGGCCUGGGUUCCUGGAUGGGCUGGAGGGAAAAUUGCGAAGGCCUUGAAUUGAAAAACUGGCUGAAAGGAUGUGAACUAUAAAAAGAAAGAAACAUGGAAGGGGAACAAAGGUUGUGGAAAUGCCUAACCCCAGUAACACAAAAGUGCCCUGGGACACUUGCACUGCUGGAGCUCAGCAGGAAGCACUACGUGAAUACAUUAGGAUAACGCUCUGGGCUGGCCCUGACAGCAAGAAGUGGGGUUGUCUCUCCAGCCCUGAGAAACAAACGCCUGUUGUAUAAAAAUAUUUAUUCAGAC